CCCUCGGCAACAUCGCUUCUCUUCCACUUUCUUUGCGACGGCUGCUCGGUCAACGACUGUACAUGCAGGUACAGCCCCCCUGCCACUGCACCAAUAAUCACGAUCAAUUGGCGCCACGAGGCUUCUUCAGCUUGCCUCGUUCAGUCCAUUUCGUGCAACCAAAAUGCCCCUCGUGGAUCCGGUAACAAUGUCCUCGUCAGCAAUCGUGAAGGGCGCCGUAGCCCAGUCGACAUCGACAACAAAAAGUACACCUGGAAGCCAAGCGACAGAGUCAUCGACGACGACGGCCGGUUCCAGCAGCUCGCUGGCGACUCUACGACCCGUCCAAAUCAAACAAACGCCCGCUGCUCAGACCAUCCGCCAUGCUCUACCGGCCGCCUUGACCGCCUUAUACCUGUUUCGAUUCGACGCCCUCGUCACCAAUCCCGUCCCAGUAAUGCUCAACGCCUUGCCCGUCGUCGUGGCAUUCCAGAUGACCUAUGCACUUCUUUGUCUGCCUGCGGCAGGCGAGCCCGCGUCAAAGUCGAACCGUAAACCCCGGCCGGGCGAGAAGAAGAAGGGCGGCGACAUUGGGUCGAGCACGAUCAUUACCGCACUCCUAGCCUCCGUUUUGACCUCUAUCGUCACCCCCUUCCUAUACUUCGCCAUGGUCCUCUUCGGCGCGCCCUUCCUCACACAUGGGUCGCAUACCUUCCUGUGCGCCGCGCACCUUGCCCUCCUUACACUCUUCCCGCUCUUCUACGUACACGGCGUUGAUUCGGCCGCCUGGGCUGCGGUCGGCGGAUUCCGUGCACCGCUCGAUGAGACCUUUGGCGGUCUGGUGGGCGGCCUUGUGGGCGCGUGGCUGGGCGCUGUGCCUAUUCCACUGGAUUGGGACCGCGAGUGGCAAAGGUGGCCGGUUACCAUUCUCUGUGGUGCUUAUGGAGGUCACUUGCUUGGUAGGGUUUUGGGAGGAACAUUGUUCUGGGGGAAGAGAUUUUGAGUUGAAGGGGAUGUCUUUUGAAAGCUGGCUUUCCUU